UCUGCGGUGACUUCCCCUCUUCAGAGAGAAGGACUACAAGGUCCGAGCGGCCCCUCCUCAGGUUCUCCCGCAGGCGUUGGCGGCCCAGCAUGGCCCACUGAGGUGAACCAUGACGGGCUGGCCCCCACGCGCCGCUGACCAUCCAGAGUCACAUCUCACCAGGAGGUGACCCUCCUCCGGCUGUCCCCCCAACUCGCCCACCCCCGCCAGGAAAGUGCCCGCACCUGCCACGGACACCAUGUAGGAGGGCUGGCCGCGGCGCCCAGUGAGCUGCGAUGGUUUUGUACACGACCCCCUUUCCUAACAGCUGUCUGUCCGCCCUGCACUGUGUGUCCUGGGCCCUCAUCUUCCCAUGUUACUGGCUGCUGGACCGGCUCCUGGCCUCCUUCAAACCCACCACCUACGAGAAGCGCCAGCAGGCGGACGACCCGUGCUGCCUGCACCUGCUCUGCACCAUCCUCUUCACGCCCGUCUACCUGGCCCUCCUGGUGGCCGCACUGCCCUUCGCGUUGGUCGGGUUCCUCUUCUGGUCGCCCCUGCAGUCCGCCCGCCGGCCCUACGUCUACUCACGGCUGGAAGACAAGGGCCUGGCCGGCGGGGCAGCCCUGCUUGGUGAAUGGAAGGGAACAGGGGCCGGCAAAAGCUUCUGCUUCGCCACCGCCAACCUCUGCCUCCUGCCCGACUCGCUCGCCAGGCAUAACAACCUUUUUAACACCCAAGCACGGGCCAAAGAGAUAGGGCAGAGAAUCCGCAACGGGGCCGCCCGGCCCCAGAUCAAAAUCUACAUCGACUCGCCCACCAACACCUCCAUCAGCGCGGCCAGCUUCAGCAGCCUGGUGUCUCCGCAGGGCGGAGACGGAGUGGCCCGGGCCGUCCCCGGGACCAUCAAGAGGACGGCCUCUGUGGAAUACAAGGGUGAUGGCGGGCGGCACCCCAGUGACGAGGCUGCCAACGGCCCGGCCUCCGGGGAGCCGGCUGACGGCUGCGGCCUCGAGGACGCCUGCAUCGUGCGCAUCGGUGGCGGUGGCGAGGAUGGGGGCCGGCCACCUGAAGGCGAUGACCCUGCCCCUGGGAGCCAGGCCCGAAACGGGGCUGGCGGGGGCCCGAAGGGCCAGACACCCAACCACAGUCAGCGGGACGGGGACUCGGGGAGCCUGGGCAGCCCCUCAGCCUCCAGGGAGUCCCUGGUGAAGGCGCGAGCCGGUCCGGACGGCGGCAAUGGGGAGCCGGGUGCCAACAGCAAGCUCCUGUACAAGGCCUCGGUGGUGAAGAAGGCGGCCGCACGCAAGAGGCGGCACCCGGACGAGGCCUUUGACCAUGAGGUCUCAGCCUUCUUCCCCGCCAACCUGGACUUCCUGUGCCUGCAGGAGGUGUUCGACAAGCGGGCGGCCACCAAGUUGAAAGACCAGCUGCACGGCUACUUCGAGUACAUCCUGUACGAUGUCGGGGUCUACGGCUGCCAAGGCUGCUGCAGCUUCAAGUGUCUCAACAGCGGCCUCUUCUUUGCCAGCCGCUACCCCGUCAUGGACGUGGCCUAUCACUGUUACCCCAACGGGCGGAACUCCGAUGCCCUGGCCUCCAAGGGAGCUCUGUUUCUCAAGGUGCAGGUGGGAAGCACACCUCAGGACCAAAGAAUUGUCGGGUACAUCGCCUGCACACACCUGCAUGCCCUGCCAGAGGACAGUGCCAUCCGGUGUGAGCAGCUGGACCUGCUUCAGGACUGGCUGGCUGAUUUCCGAAAAUCUACCUCCUCGUCCAGCGCAGCCAACCCCGAGGAGCUGGUGGUGUUUGACGUCAUCUGUGGAGAUUUAAACUUUGACAACUGCUCCUCUGACGACAAGCUGGAACAGCAGCACUCCCUGUUUACACGCUACAAGGACCCCUGCCGCCUGGGGCCGGGAGAGGAGAAGCCGUGGGCCAUCGGUACCCUGCUGGACACCAAUGGCCUCUACGAUGAGGAUGUGUGCACCCCUGAGAAUCUUCAGAAGGUCUUGGAGAGCGAGGAAGGCCGCAGGGAGUACCUGGCGUUUCCCACCAGCAAAAGCCCGGGCCAGAAGGGGCGGAAGGACCUGCUGAAGGGCAACGGCAGGCGCAUCGACUACAUGCUGCACACCGAGGAGGGGCUGUGUCUGGACUGGAAGGCGGAGGUGGAAGAAUUCAGUUUCGUCACUCAGCUGUCCGGCCUGACCGACCACCUCCCAGUGGCCAUGCGGCUGAUGGUGUCUGCAGGGGAGGAAGAGGCGUAGACCAGCCACAUCGCCGCCCGCCGGCAUCCGGAGCUGCGAGGCCUCUGCCAGCCCUCUGAGCCGCAGCCCAUCCCUGGGCCACGUCCCCUCAGUGCUGCGGGGAGGAGGGCAGGAACCAGGAGGGAGCCGGUCAGGGACCGGGAGCCUGGAAGCAGCGCUGCUCUGGGCCCUCGCUGCGGACAGAGGAGUCAGGCUGGCCCGGGGAGCCCCCCAGCUGCCUAACCAGUGCCAUUCUUUCAAAACGUGAUUUUCUACAAAUCUACAGCACAAUCUAGUUUGUAACCCGGGGGUUAGUAUAAGGACCGGGUUUAUGUACUCUUUGUAUCUCUUCUUAAGCUUCGUCCAGGGUUCAUUAUUUUUGUCUGCUGCCAAUGUUGUCUCGCAUGCCUGCACCCUCGCAUGCACGCUGCCUGCAUGCCACGUGCCACGCUGUAGCCACACAGACCCCUUGCUCGGGCCUCACCCAAGGCCAAACUCCAAACGCAAUCAGAACCAGCCAAAGAAGCACUUCCUGGGCACGGCCGCCAGCUCUCCCGCUCCAGCCUGGGAUGGCUCACCGCAAGGACCUGAGGGCUGUCUCUCUAC